UAGCGAAAACCGGACCCCCCCUUACUGAAUGGUAUCGCCCCCUGAAAGACCGCGCGUGCCUGCACCACGUGACCACCUUCUGACAUUCGCCGGUAGCGAGGACAGACAGACGACAGAAAACUCCUAUUUCCUUGUUUUUUACUGCAAGAAAGCGCCGACGAAGUACUGAACCAAGAUGUCUGCCGGAAAAGCCAAACUCCAGCACCCAGCUCCGAACUUCGAGAGCACAGCCGUGCUACCCUCUGGGGAGUUCGGUACCAUCAAAUUGUCCGACUACAAAGGAAAGUACCUGAUCAUCUUCUUCUACCCCAUGGACUUCACGUUUGUGUGUCCGACAGAAAUCAUCGCCUUCAGCGACCGCGUGGAGGAGUUUAAAAAGAUCAAUUGCGAGGUGUUGGCGUGUUCCACAGACUCCCAGUUCUCCCACUUGGCAUGGACAAACACCCCCAGAAAGCAAGGUGGACUGGGCCAGAUGAAAAUCCCACUUAUGGCAGACAAAGCCAUGACCAUCUCCCGAGACUAUGGAGUGUUGAUGGAAGACGCGGGCAUUGCAUUCCGUGGUUUGUUCAUCAUUGACGACAAGGGUACGCUGCGCCAGAUCACGAUCAAUGACCUGCCGGUCGGGCGUUCAGUUGACGAGACCCUGCGUCUGGUACAGGCCUUCCAGUUCACAGACAAGCAUGGGGAAGUGUGCCCUGCUGGAUGGAAGCCUGGCGCUGACACCAUCAAACCUGACGUAAAGGACAGCAAAGAAUAUUUCUCCAAGCAGUAGUUCACUAACACGUGGACAACCGAAAUCUCCAAGCAGAUAUUGGGUGAAAGAUCACAGUUGGGCUUCUCUGUCAGCCCCUCAAAUAACUCAUCUUUCACCCCAACAUCUGCUUGAAGAUUUGACAACCAUUGUCUUAACUUUCUAGACAAGAUCCUGCUGAAAUGUGUUUGUACAUCUCUUAAUAAAGCAGAAUUCUUAAUUCUAAAGAUAAUUAUCAAGAUCCUAUGUUGAAUGAUCAGAGUAUCGUAUUCUGUUUUUGGUUGUUUUGGUUGUUGUGUUCAUGUAUGUGCACUUUUUCAUGUUAUCUAUUCUGUGGUGUAGAAAUACUAAUGAUUAGCUUAGAGAGAAGACACUUAAAAAAAGUAUUGUGGCAUCAUGAACAAAGUUAUCGAGGAGUGUGCAAAUUGUAAGUUCAGUAGGUAAGAAGGAUUGGGAAUCUCUGAUAGAUUGAAAAGAUAUUGUUUAAGCAUGUGGUUUUGACUGUUGACAUUCCGUCUUUUGCUGUCUUUCCCAUGCAAAACUUACAAGCAUUUGAAAGCUAUGGUUGUUUGGUACCCUUUGUGAUAGGAAAGUUGUUCUUUGCUUGAAAGUAAAUAAACAGGAGGUGCUUUGAGCAACAAAA